ACAGUCUCUGUAUCUAUAAAAGCUGGAAACAGAUCAACACAUCCUGAUUGACAUCAUAAUAGUUUGCUACAGAAGAAAGAAGACAACAGAUGCCUCCAAAAAAACAAAGAAAGAUGUCUGACUCUCCUGAUGCAAUGCAGAACGAAACGUUCAAUCAAACUGUUGAAAAAUUAAGAACACUGUGUGAAGAAAAUGAAGAGCAAAAAAAGAAGAUCACUGGAGAGUUGCAAAACAUUGAAGAGAAAUAUUCAUUGAAGCUUUCAACUGAAGUGAAGGUUGUUAAUGACUCUGUCCAUGGUCACAUUGAGCUGCACCCCCUGCUGGUGAAGAUCAUUGACACUCCUCAGUUUCAGAGACUGAGACACAUCAAACAGCUGGGAGGAGCAUACUGGGUCUUCCCCGGGGCCUCACAUAACCGCUUUGAACACUCCAUUGGUGUGGCGUAUUUAGCAGGAUGUAUGGUUAAGAGUCUGCAAGAGAAACAGCCAGAGCUGCAUAUUACCAAUCGAGACAUUCUCUGUGUUACAAUUGCUGGUCUGUGCCAUGAUUUAGGUCACGGUCCAUUUUCUCAUUUGUUUGAUAAGAAGUUCAUUCCUGCAGUCCAGUCUGAUGCCAAAUGGAAGCAUGAAGAUGCCUCAGUUAAUAUGUUUCGCCACAUGGUAAAGGAGAAUAAUCUGGAACCGCUGAUGGUAUCAUAUGGACUGGACAUGGAAAAUGAUCUUACCUUUAUUGCUGAAUUAAUCAAAGGGGUGGAUACUAAAGAAAAAGAUGUACAAACUCCAGUUAACAACAAUUGCAGAAAACUUUCACAACCAUUAAAAGUAUGUUUAUUCCUCCAGUGGCCUGCGGACUGUGGCAAGAAUCAAGCGAAGGGCAGGACUGAGGACAAGGCUUUCCUGUAUGAGAUUGUGGCAAAUAAACGGAACAGCAUUGAUGUUGACAAAUGGGACUAUUUUGCUCGAGACUGUCAUUACCUUGGCAUUUCAAAGAGCUUUGACCAUCAACGGCUGCUAAAGUUUGCUCGAGUGUGUAAAGUGGAAAUGGAUGAUGGCUCCAAUAAUGCUGAAAAACUAUCCAUCUGCUACAGGGACAAGGAGCAAAAUAAUAUUUAUGACAUGUUUCGCACCAGAUACACACUGCAUCGACAGGCCUACCAGCACAAGACUGUCAAUAUUAUUGAAAUCAUGAUUACUGAAGCCCUAGUAGAAGCUGAUGGUCAUUUCAAGAUCUCUAAAGCAAAAGACAACAUGGAAGAUUACACAAAACUCACAGAUCAUAUUCUUGAGAAAAUUGUGUACCCUGAUUUUGGAAUGGACAAAAAACUUGAGGAUGCCAGAAAAAAGGUGAAUAAAAUUCUCAAAAGGGACCUGCCAAAGUUUCUGGGAGAGGCUAAACUGGACAAGAGAAAGUUUUCAGAGGUAGAGGAUCAGUGGACAACAGCAGUGGUUGACUCUAAAAACCUGAACGUUAUGGAUUUUGUGCUUGAUGAGGUUCACAUGGAUCACAGCAUGAAGGGUAACAACCCCAUGAACAAUGUCUAUUUCUACAGCAAGCAUGAUCCCAACAAAGCCUUCCUGAAGAGUGAUCAGAUGUUCCUGCCAACGACGUUUUAUGAAAGGCUGUUUAGAGUGUACUAUAAAGGCCCAGAAAAAAAGGUGAAAGAAGCCCAGCUGUUCUUUGAGACGUGGCGCAGUAAUUAUUUUUCUACCAAUGUCUGAGAUCAUUUUCUAUGAGGAACAGCACUUCCAGGAUAAACUAUACAAGUGUAGUGCUGACUGUCCUAAUUUCAGGCAGGUAUCUGGAUUGGAGCAAUAUUGUUCUAGGUGUGUAGAGAGUGGGACCUGGGUGUUGUAUGAGAACUCCAUCUACACUGGCAUGAAAAUAUAUUACUUUGCAAUGA